AUGACUCUUCACUUGCGUAGAAACUAUAGAUGCUGGAUAUGCUUAGAAGAAACAAGAUGCUUGUUCUCUUUGCCAUCCUGGAUUAGGCAUGACUGUGGUUGCGACUUACAAGUUCACAGUAAAUGUCUAAUACGAUGGCUAUUUGUUAAAAAUGAAAGAAUAUGGAUUGAUUAUGGCUCUAGUGAUUAUUAUAAAGUGGAUUCUAUUAAUGAAUUAAGAAGAAGAAUAUGUUACGUAGUGGAUAACCAUCGCGACUUCCAGGAGGAUAUCGAUCUAGCAGAAGCUGUUGAAACCGUUCCGGCAAUAGGCCAAGCUUGUGCAGUGAUAUUUGGUGUUGCUGAAAUGGUCAUUCGAGUGAUGUUUCGUAUUCCAUAUCAUGAUGCAGCGUCCGAGAACGACCUUUGGAGGGGAUUGCCCGUAGAGCUGGUGUCAUGCCCCCAAUGUAAGAAAUUCAUCAAAAACCGGCGAUUUACUUGGAAUAAUGGAUCAUACGCCUUGCGGUUCUAUAAGAUUUAUAGGAUAUUUUCUAAGUAUGUGGCGACCGGUUUUGUGUUUUGGCUAUUGUACAGUAAUCCCUGGAAGCAGUUAUUGAAGAUCGGCCUUUGGACUUUAAGACAAGUAUUCCCUGAAAGUGUUUUACAGCUGAUACUAGAAAUCCCUAAUACAGCAGCAUUGGAUGUUUACACAUCUUCCAUGCCAGCAAUUCAAAACAUCCCCUCCAAAAUAUCAUUCCUUAUCUUCGGAUUCCCGAUAUACUUAGCUGGCCUAAUUUGUGGACCGGUUGCAUUUGCAGCUAUAAAAUACGCAUAUCCAUGGACCCUUGCCGUUCAGUGCAGUAAGUCGCCCAUACUUUUGAAAAUGAUCACUUUCCAAUACCUGGCAUCUACCUUGCUCUCGAAGUUUCCUACUUUAAUUUGGUGUCGGACGUACCAGCAAUCCAAAAGGAUCCGGCCGUACUUCCAACAAAACAAGGAAACCGCAGAGUCUUUAUAUGAACGCAAAGGAAUUAUUAAGGUUACUUGGAUAAGUUGUAUUGUUGAUUUCGCUGUAGUUUUGCAUUGUGCGAAAUAUUUGUCCUCGCGCGUACUACGUCACAUGCCCUUCUUAGACCGUGCAAUCUUAAAGUUAGAGCCUUACGCUACUCCGGAUGAAUGUCUAUGUAUCCAAAACGUUUGUUCAUUAAUUAUUGUUACAGCUUGUAGAAAGUUGUUAAACUUCUACUUAGAACGUAAAAGAUUGGAUGAAUUAAAAGAGCUCCAAGAAAUGGUUUACGAUGAACUCGAUGAGAAUUAA